GCUCUCCGUGCGUGUGUACCGCGUUGUGUUGUGCUCUGUGUACUUAUGUGCCGCUGCUGCUGCUGUUCCGUGUGUAUGCCUAACUGCACCGUGUUUAUCCACAAAGUAUCGUAAUAAACUCGUGUAUUAUUACGUUGUACGAGUUGGUUUUUUUGUUUGUUUUUGUUUUUUUUUUUUGAGAUGUGGUGCGCGUCUUGGAUCGUUCGAUAGUGAUCGAAAAAAAUUAUCGGUAUUUCCCAAGCUUGCGAGAAGAGUACAUAUUUAUCGUAAAAGCAUGAAAGCUCGACAUGCAACGACGCCUAAUUAGAGAGAGAGAGAAGAAUAGCGCCCCCCUUAUUCUGCGUCGCUGUGCUGCUUGCGGUCUGAUAUGAACGAAAGGCGAACAAGAAUUACCGAAGAGAAGCAGCAGAAGCAGCAGGCAAUCAAGCAAAGAGAGAGCUACUAGUCCGAAGCGCUGCGGAAAAAGGAAAUAAAUACAAGAAAAAAACGACGACGACGACGACGACGAUAAGAUGUAUCGUCGCUACGAGUCGUGGGCCUCCUCGUCCAUGGUCGUGCUCCUGACCUGGGUCUGCCUGAUGUGGCUCGGCCAUCAUCCUGCGGAGACCGAGGCGGGCAGCUGUCGUGCCGCGAAGCUCUGCUGCCAGGGCCGCGACUCCGGCUGCGUCAUACAGAAGGCGGCACCCAACGCCAUAAUCGAGAGCCCGCGCGACAAGCCCUGCUACUGCGAUCACGCCUGCCUGAGACUGGCCGACUGCUGCAGCGACUUCAACGAGACCUGCAUCGCGAGCGACUGCUUGGUCGGCGACUGGAGCGCCUGGAGCGCCUGCGACAACAGGUGCGGCACCGGCUCGCGGAGCCGCGCGCGCCUCGUCCUCGCGGCGCCGCGCAACGGCGGCAAGGCCUGCCCGACUUUGGAGGAGCGGGCCGACUGCGAGAGCUACGAUCGCUGCAGACGUCGAUCGCAUCAUUUUUACGUUCAAGAUACGAGCAGCUUUUCCACGUCGAGUAAAAGCGCCGGAGCCGGAGCCAGAGCCACCGUCGACGACGACGACGUAGCUGCUGGUACAUCUAACGACAAUGACGUUGCAAGUUUGCACUCAAACUUCGUUCCACGAGUUUCUCGAGGGUACUGCACGGCAUUCACGGUAUUAAAAGUCUCCAAGGGUUGCCGCAGAAAAUAUUUUCACGAAGGUUUCCGAGUGUGCGUCUGGUGCGGCGGCGGCGGUGGCAGCAAUGCUUCGGGGACCAGCAGCAGCAGCAGCAGCAGUAACAGUAGACCGAAGGAGACGUCGUCUACUACUACCGCGUCGUCGUGUCAACUAGACAGACGAAGUCUCCGAGGUAUUGGCAGAUGGGAGCUGAGGGGCUCCACGGCCGAGGGGCUCAAGCACUGCCACGGCAAGUGGAUAGCCGACGACGCGGAGCUACUGGAGGAGGAGGAGGAGGAGGAGGUGGAGGACUUGGACGACGACGAGUACGCGGAAGAAGAAACUGUCGAAUACUGCCGGACCAGUGCCAAAUGCCGAGAUAGACCCGUAUGGUCCUUUCUUUAGAAAAUGGCCGGAGAAGAGAUAGGGAGAGAGAGAGAGAGAGAGAGAAACUCGAGAGUGCUCGCGUUCAACGACUGAUUAAAUAAGAC